AUGCAGGAGCCAAGAGAAGGAGAGUCGUCACAGGAUGUGGAUCGAGUUCAGUCUCUGCAGUCUCAAGUGGAUGGGGUCAAGGAUAUUAUGACCCAGAAUGUAGAUCGGAUCUUGGCCCGUGGAGAAAGGCUGGAUGAUCUGAUGGGCAAAUCUGAAGACCUGCAAGCUGGGGCCCAGAACUUUAAGCACACCUCUCAGAAGGUUGCUCGCGCUUACUGGUGGAAGAACGUGAAGCUGAUUGUGGUUAUUGUUGUGAUAGUCCUUAUCAUUGUACUGAUUGUCAUAUUCCUUGCUACUGGUGUGAUCCCGACCAGUGCACCCGCACCCAAACCUCCCACUCCAUAGGAUUUCUAUCAGUUACAAGCACUCUCACAUACACAUACAGAUAUAUGCAACCAUGUCCACACACCAGCACAGGUCAUAACUUCAGGAACACACACACAUACCUUUUAUUUGCACAUUUAGCUCAUAUACCUUCAUAUCUUAUGGUAUCACACCACCUUAAAAUGAGUAGCUUCCAUAAUGACAGCUUCGGAAACCUUGAAGUGGAGGAUUUUAAAUAGCCUAUAGACGCAAUGCUGUCUGUUUUCAUACUUCUCUCCUCCUGAAAGAUCAUCCUAGUGGUAUUUAUGGUUCUCUAAAGCCUGAUAAAAUGCCACAGCUGUAUACAAAUACUUGCAAUAUUAUUCAUAAUGAAGGUACCCUUGAAAUAGUCAUAUACUGGCAUUGAUUCGGCGAAGGUAAUGAGUGAAAGUUCUAUCUUUUGAAUUAUGAAGUGUAUUUAAGACUGUUAGAUUCGAUUACAUAAGAUGUUACUUGUAAUUAUGUAAUACUUUUAGAUCUUCAAGUGUCUCUAUUUUGUGUUUGAUGGGUCACUGUCUUUGUGCUUUUGCCCACAAUUAUGUUAUUUGUAAAAGGUCAAACAAAAAUGUGUUCUUAUAACUGUUGCAUUACCCAAAACACCAUUUCAUUAUGGAAAUUAUAAAAUUGUAAGAUGUUUAGGGUAAUUUCCUGUCUUAAAUAUUUACUGAAAAUUGGCAAUGCCCCAAACAUCAAAACAGAGAAACUGAUUUUCAUCCUAUAUAUAGAAUGAAUUAAAAAAAAUUUUUUUAAUGGAACGAGCACCUGAACAAGGUCAUUUAGAUAGGAAUGAUGGAUAUUUUCUGUAUCCUCAGAUUACUGCAUUGAAUUUGACAUGCAGUGUAACAGUUGCACUGUACCACAUGCAGUCAGUACUGUAAUCAGAAUUUGAGUGUACUGCAUCAAAAGUUUGGCCUUGCACUGCGGGAUCUUAAUGAAACCCAAGAC